AUGGCCUCCAACAACAGCAAAGAUCCCGUCGUUGGAUCUGUCGACCACGAUAACUCUCCGGUCAUGCAGAAAGCUAUUGCUAUCGGUAAGACUAUCGCAGAUUUAGUGCAGAACGGUGAACGAUCCGGAGAAGCGAGAGCCCACUCACGUCUCACUCCAAGGAUCAAUCAUCAGGCCUCGCACAUCAAAGGCCUCGAAUCCCGUCUUAAAGCCUCAGAGGCUGGCGCUGCUCGGGCCAGGGCCGAUGCUGAGACUCAUAUCGCUAGAUACACUACUGAACUCGAGGCUCGCAAUGUGCAGAUGGUCAACACGGUUGUAGAGACCGUUGAAAGGAUGAAAAGAGAUGCAGCCGCUCGAGUCGCCGCGGCUGAGACUCAUGCCCAGGAAUGCAUCGGCGAAUACCGGGACAAAACUGAUUCUCAGAUUCGACAGCUGUCUCGGGACCUUGAGCGUCACAAUGACAUGCUUGGCCUUGCCCGAAAGCAUACCGGAUGGGUAGCACACAAACUGGUUCUUCUUCUAGAUGAGAUGGAGAAGAAGACACGCCUUCCCGACAAAACCGCUCUGGCGUCUUGCCUGCAGGAGAUGCUUGAGGAGCUCGCUGAGUACAGAAACGAUUGCGAUGUCUUUCUCGACAACGGCCUCGCAGACGACAAUGAACCUGACUGGGGGCCUGUGCCUAACGACGAAGGGGGCGCUCUACUCAACAAAUCCUAUCGCAAGUUCCCCGGGGCCACCUCAGCCAACAUAACUGGCCGGGUCCUAGUCUCUCCAAUCGGCGAGGACACUACCGAGAAGCAGGCCAGCCACGAGGAAAGUUCUCUGUUCGUAGAUGGUCAUCACCAUGAUGAGGACGAUCAGAGCAGCACCAUCAAAUCUGAAGAUGAUGACAACAACCAGCAAAGUCUCGCCGAUUUGCCUCCAGCUACCAAGCGAGCCAGCAACUCUGGAGGCCGAGCUGGACGUGGUGCCAAGCGUCAGCGUACAAAGUAG